AUGGCGGCUCAGUUCUGCCCCACUUGUGCCAAUUUAUUGAUGGUGGAGAUCGGACGGAGCUCCAAUUCUGCCUUCAGGUGUAGGACGUGCCCGUACGUGUACAAGAUUCGGGAGAAGCUGACGAACAAACAGGUCGUUGUCAGAAAAGAGGUUGACGAUGUGCUGGGCGGUAGUGAGGCUUGGAAGGACGUUGAACAAUGCGAUGCCCACUGCCCUAAGUGCGCCCACUCGAGAGCUUACUUCCGGCAAAUGCAAACUCGAUCAGCGGAUGAGCCCAUGACAACGUUCUACAGGUGUACUCAGUGCACCCACAACUGGAAGGAAGACUGA